AUGGCCGAAGUUGACAUGGUGCUGAAAUGGCAGCAAUCUGUGAAGGAUGACCACCACAUCGAUGAAAAACCGCCAGUCUCGCAUCUUUUCGCAGUGUGUUCAGAGUUCUAUGCAGAGAUCGUCGCCCAGCUUGGUACAAAUCCUGCCACUGAACGAGGACUUCUUCUGAAGCUUCAACGCAGCCACAGCUACCUUAUCUUGUGGGCCGAUGGAUAUGGUGUCGCUGAAGGACAGCUGGAUGCAUCCCUGGACAAAUCACGAAGAGUUAAGCGCACGACCAUUAAUCUUUUGAUAAGUAUAUGUCAGAUCCUGACUAAGCGUUUACUACCAGCUUUGGGGCGAGAGCAACAGCUACGAUUGCAAGACAGAGCAGCAGAAGUCGCGCACAAAGUCGAACUCCUCAAACUCAUCGCCUCUCAAGACGAUGUCGCAGACUCCGAUUCCGACUCCGACACCGAGAGUGGAUCAUCCCAAGUCUCGGAUACUGCUCCAGAUCUAGAUGACAUAGCAGAGGACCUCAGAACUGAUACAGAAUGUCUCCUGGAUCUAGGGUCUCGGUUCAAAGAAGAUGCCGUGGGGCCCGUUGUGACGGAGACCGCUGUUGACCCAGAGGAACUCAUUGUCUGGGACCCAUCGGACACAUUUGUUGACCGUGUGCGCUGGCGGUACCCCAAAUGUGACCUCGAAGUUUCGAGCCGCCUAGGAAGAGCCAAUUGGACCAGAGUGCUUCGGCAGCAGUCAAUCAAAGACAUGAACCAGCGGAAAGUCGAGGUACAACCCGACGGGCGGAUUGAGUCUGGCGAAAGGUCACGUUUCGGACACGAAAGUGUAAUGGGCUCAGAGAAAUCCAAAGAUACUGUGCCGAGUGAGGCAACGACAUUCCGCGACUCUGCCAUUGGAAGUUCGAUUCCUUCGAAUGCUUCUGGACCUCCAGCUAUCGAGUAUGCAGAGACCACUGUAUCAUACUAUGGAGGGCAGGGAGACACUGUUCGCAUUCCAUCGCUCCCGGCUGGAGCCAAGGUUGGAACCCCAUUUCUUUGCAUUGGAUGCAAUAAGAUGGUCACUGCUCCGACAAAGUCGUCAUGGAAGAAGCAUCUGUUUUCUGAUCUGAAGCCAUAUAUAUGCCUGGUCAGCACGUGCGUCCUGAACGAGAAGCUUUUUGCGACGAAGUCGGAAUGGAAGGACCACAUGGACCUCAAACAUACUUCCAGCCAGAGUACAACCCGCAAUUGUCCUGUGUGCCAGGAGAACACAUUCUAUGGAGACGAUCAUUUCAGCUCUCAUAUAGCCAAACACCUGGAAGAAGUGGCUCUGACGAUACUGCCGACUAAUGCUGACUCAGAAGACGGUACCGAUGCUGACUCUGGUUUAGCCUCUUCAGAGUCAUCCGAUGUAGAAGAAAACGAGGAAACGAGGAAACUACCCAUGUUGAACAUCAAACCACUCAACAAAGUGGAGGACUUGGAUAUAGUCGAGAAGAUUCGAGCGGUCAUUUUGGAACCAUUGUCCGAAAGGGACGAUUUUGCCCAUUUCAAGCCAUGGGUAUUCCGAAUCGGUGAAUUGAUACAGCCUGGUUCCAUACUAAGAGGGGUCGAGGACGCUUUACUUUACAUAGCCAUGGUAAGGAUCAAGAUUCUAAUGGUGCUCACCGUCGAUGCAUUAUCUGACAUGGUCCAGGAAACUUCAUCGAAUGCCGAACUGUAUCAGAAAUUCAGUCUUGCGGUACUGGAACAGAUCUCUAAGGCCUCGCUUGACCUGGAUUUAUCAACCCAAAUUCGUUCUGGAGAACGACCAUAUGAUAAAGGGUAUUUUCCAGAUGCUGAGAAAAGCAUACUUCGACGUGCGCGAGAUAUGGAACACACAGGGCGUCCUCUACCAGAUCCCGGUUUGGAAACCUUGGGACUGACUGAACUGGACGACGUAGUGAGGGCCAUGAUGUCAUGGCGUGCCCAGGACAGUGUUUUCCCGUACACAAUGGUUUGCCAGGAGCCUGGCUGUGGUAAGGAGUUCAAGAGAGAUUGCGACUUGACGAAACAUCAAAAGACACACAGCCGGCCAUGGAAGUGUCCCAUCCCCACGUGCAAGUAUAGAGAAUAUGGCUGGCCAACCGAGAAGGAGCUGGAUCGACACUGGAGCGACAAGCACGAAGAAGCGCCUACCGUCAUGUACACAUGCUUAUUUGCGCCUUGCCCGUACAAGUCAAAGCGGGAGAGUAACUGCAAGCAACACAUGGAAAAGGCGCAUGGAUGGACAUAUGUGCGAUCGAAGACCAGUGGUAGAAAGAGUGUCUUGCAUAACGAAGAUAUCUCCAGCUCAGACACCAACACACUUUUACCUGCUACCUCGAAUCUUGUGGAUAAGGGAUAUGAAACCCCCGACGACCACCGAGAACUGGUUUCUCAGAUAGGUAUUGAACUAGGCCCAGGACACUCGUCCGAACUAAUUCCACCACCCAUCCCCUCAGCCAGUCGCGCUAGCAUACCCAAUUCCGGUCUCAAUGCGGCGCUCGGAGACGCAGACGAAGACUGGACGAAGAUCACCGAUCUUGCAGAGCGACGCAGGAUUCAAAAUCGUAUUGCUCAACGUCAUUAUCGCAAGACUCUGAAGCAACGCUUGGAAGACCUGGAGAAACGUGCAAACAUUUCUAGUGACCCUUUGCCGAAUAGUGGAUCUGUUGACAGUCCGGGAGGAGCAAACCAAUUGAUGAACGUUCUAGAGAGGAUAGACGUUGACGAUACCCAAGAAAAGAAGGAUUUGUCAUUCGCUGCUCACGCAGAGGAAGCUGGCGCGCGAACAUCGGAUCAGUGA